CCACAACAAACUGUUUCUGCCGCUUCCCCGUCUCACUUUAUCUCUCCCUCCUUUUCCUUUCUCGAUGUACCUCUAUUCCUCCCUCCCUCCCUCACUUUCUUAGUUCUCCUGCUGUUUCUCUUUUAACGGAAGCCGAUCCCUGAGCGAUUUCCAGGCGAAUCCCUUCUCGCCUCCUCUUUUCCCUCGCUCCCUCUCUCGCUUGCCCUCUGCCAACCGAUUUCUAGGGUUUCUCGCGACCAGGAACUAAUCAAGGUGCAGCUGAUCUUCCCCUUUUCCUAUACAUUUAGGUGCCGAUCGACCCGGCUUGUGAGAGGAGGAGGAGGAGUGGGAGAUGUCUGCUCGGCCUCACGUCACCAUCACUCUGGGCCGGAGUGGGCAGUUUGUCAAGAGAGCGAGACCUGGAGCUGAUUUUGGUCAAUCUGACCAUGACAUUUCAUCAGGAAGACACCAGCCAACAAGAGAAAGGUCAGGAAGCGACAUGACCGAUUCCAGUUUGUAUGGGAGUCAACACAAGAACAAACGCAUUAGAACAGAAAACAACAAUUCCAGCUCAGAUCGUCAGAUUGGACGAAAUGAUCUUCGAUUUAAACUUAUAAAUAAAAGUUUAUUUCGAAAAACUGGUACUGGAGGGGGAGGACAAAAUGAUGUUGAUCUUCGUGAAAAACUCUCAAGGAUCAGGGAGAUUUCGUUCAAAUCCAAUCCAAGAAGGAAUUUAAGAGAAUUCAGAACUUCUGGCACUGUAAGGCGACUGCCUCCUACAAGAAGUGUAGAUGAUUUACUUCAGUUGGAUUCAAAGAGAAAAUCUUACUCUUCACGGACUGUCGAUGAGAGAAGACAUAGAUCACCGGAUAAACUUAUUCGCAAUGCUAGGCCUUUUUACUCCCCAAGAAGUCAUGAGGAUGCUUCCAGACAUUCAAGUUUUAUUAAAAAUGAUCGAGUUAAUUCUUCUAGAACUAUUUCUUCCAUGGGCAAGACUGGACUUCUAAUUGAUGCAGGAAAGUCUGGUAUUCGAGAUUCUUCAUCUGGGAGCAUUAUGCACAGAAGCACACAUAAGCCUGAAGAACCAUUUACAGUUUCUAGCUUUCUGAAUGCAUUGGGUCUAGGAAAGUAUGCCAUUUUGUUUCAAGCAGAAGAGAUAGACAUGACUUCACUGAGGGAGAUGGGAGACCAUGACCUCAAGGAACUGGGUAUUCCCAUGGGACCUAGGAAGAAGAUUCUUCUGGCAGUAUUAUCUCAUACAAAACACCACUAUUUGUGAGAUUGUCCACUUUGAUUUGAAAUUCUCAAUUACAUCAUGCUGUGGGUGUGUUGUACAUUAUCAAAACAAUGAUCAUUUUCAUGUACUAGCUCCUAGCAUUCUGAGGUUCAUAAAGAAUGAUGACUUGAUGAAAACCAAAAACUAAGAUAAAGGAAUGUCUAUUGUUUCGAGUCAUUCUUGUACAGACCAAGUUAUUGGAAGUCUAAUGUUGUUCUGAAAUGAAAAGAAAACACUUACAGAUGACGA